AUGUCUGCAUCGGCGUCAUCGUCAUCCCCCACCCCCAGCGCAGGCCCCAGUACACGGCCAUCCCUAGAGAACGGCAAUGAACAGAACAGUGUGGUUAUCAAGGUCGGCAUGUUGGGGGACUCGCAGAUUGGGAAGACGAGUCUGAUGGUGAAGUACGUGGAGGGUCACUUCGACGAGGAUUACAUUCAAACGUUGGGUGUCAAUUUCAUGGAGAAGACUAUUACUGUGCGGCGAACAUCAAUAACAUUUUCAUUAUGGGAUCUUGGCGGGCAGCGCGAGUUCGUGAAUAUGCUUCCGCUCGUCUGUAAUGAUGCCGUCGCCAUCCUCUUCAUGUUUGAUUUGUCACGAAAGUCGACGCUCAAUUCAGUGAAGGAAUGGUAUCGACAAGCACGCGGUUUCAACAAGACUGCGAUACCGUUCCUAAUAGGAACCAAAUUCGACACUUUCUCAACGUUCCCUCGAGACGAACAGGAGGAGAUUACAAAGCAGGCAAAACGCUUCGCAAAGGCGAUGCAUGCCUCGCUAAUAUUCUGCUCAACCUCGGCCUCGAUCAACGUGCAGAAGAUAUUCAAGAUCGUGCUUGCGAAGGCGUUCGAUCUUAAAUGCGUCAUUCCAGAAAUUGACGGUGUUGGUGAGCCGGUAUUGAUGUACGUCGACAUAUAG